GGUCAAUGUUAGAGCUUCCUUCAGUGCUCGCUGUGAGAAGUGAGCAUACGCAUCCUUCGCAGGCCGGCCGUGGCGUACCGGUGAACGAACUUCACGUCCCGUGAUAAAUCUGAACGGACAUUUUUCUGAACCAUCGAUCAGUCGGUGACAUCGCGGAGAUAAUCGAUACGACAUUUUUUAAUUUUUAAUUGUAAUAUGCUUAUUAAAUGUGAUGGACGACGUUAAAAUUUUAGUGUAAAGAACUGUGAUUUGGAAAAUGGAGACUUUAGUGUUGAUACCUCAGGACUUGAGUCUGGCCUUAAGGCCGGGUGGCGCCAGGGGGCGGGAGGCCUCGGUCAGCGUGUGGACCUCCGGCGAGCUGCCACGAGGGGCCUUGAUGUACCCCUUCCAGGGCACCAUCAGGAUCGACAAGCUGCAUGUGUACUCCCACGUGCCCGACCAUGACAUCCGCCACCGGUUCGGUCUGUACGACGAGGUGUGCACGUCGCGCGGAGUGCAGGUCCGGCAUUGCAACUGGGUGCGCUUCCUGCGGGUCUCCGAGAACUACGGUCCUCAAGUGAACCUAGUAUGCACGAAGGUGAAAGGCGAGCCGGUGUACGAGACCGUGAAGCCGGUGUCCCCGCACACGGAGCUGGUGGUCUACUACCUGCCCGAGCGGCCCGAGGAGAUGUUCUUCGUCAGGAUGAGGAACAACCUCUAUCGGCAGACCAUGGACUCAAUUUUAGAAGAUUCACCAUUAGACCUUUCCACAUCUCUGCUAUCAAGAGUCCUCUUACCAAUAUCUCCGCCGUCGGGCGCAGAAGACGAACACAAGUCAGUGUCGGGUGAUUCUCUGACGUCAUCCUCGGCAGGCUCGUCCAACGAGCUACUGGAGAUGACGCCCAAGAUCCAAAGGAGGCCCGCGAAGUCAGAGAGGGCGUUGUUACCUUGUGAAGUCUGCGGCAAGGCGUUUGACAGACCGUCGCUACUGAAAAGGCAUAUGAGAACACAUACCGGUGAGAAGCCCCACGUCUGUAUGGUCUGCAACAAAGGCUUCAGCACGUCGAGCAGCCUCAACACCCACAGGAGGAUACACUCCGGGGAGAAGCCCCAUCAAUGCCAGCAUUGCGGGAAGAGGUUCACGGCCAGCUCCAACCUGUACUACCAUAGGAUGACGCAUAUCAAGGAAAAGCCACACAAAUGCAGCCUAUGCUCGAAGUCGUUCCCGACGCCCGGGGACCUCAAGUCGCAUAUGUACGUGCACAGCGGCUCCUGGCCCUUCAAGUGCCAUAUCUGCUCCCGCGGGUUCUCCAAGCACACCAACCUGAAGAACCACCUGUUUCUACAUACUGCGAAACAUCAAAGAAACAGUGCAAGAGAUGCUACUUGAAGCAAAAUAUCCCUCAAUAAAAGUUCAUCUCAUUUGCUGUAUGGUCUGACUGAACUGACAUACAAACACUCCUUACAAAUUAUACCUGUGUGAUAUUAGUCUAAGUGUUAAUUUAUUUUAUAAGGAUUCUGUAUAUUUAUUUCUACUAUAGAUUAAGUUAUAUCAAUGAGCCGAUUAACUUAUUGGAAGUCAUUCCAAUUUUUCUCUUGCGUUAAAUCAUAGUUAAUUUGAAAGAAAUAUUUUAAGUACUUGAUUUAUAAUAAUGAUUUUGUUCUCAUUUAUCAAUGUAUCUUCAAAAGAAACUUGUCCAAAAAGUACAUAAAAUAUGUACAUAAAAAAUUGAGCAAAGUUUUGUUUAUGAUAAAAUUAGUUGUAUAUUUGUUGUGAUUGAUGGACCUGUCUGCAAAUAUUGUUUUUGGUCAAUGGAAUCAAAAUUUAGAUGAGUGUUAAAAUUUAGAUGUUUAAGUGUGUUCACCACAAAGUAUUGAUAUUAUGUGACUCCAUAAAUUAUAUUAACGGGACUAACACGAACAUUAUUUAUUUAACGUUGCUGCCGUUGAUAUAAUUUAGGUAGUAAUGUGUUCAAAGUGCAAAAGUUUAAAAAACACCAAGGUAUUGAUACUGGAUGGUUAAAUAACAAAAAAAAGAGAUCAAGAUGUUUAUCUACUUUUUACGCUAAAUAAGGAAUAGCGACGUAUUCCUUGAUUCUUGGAUUUGGUAAAUUAAUUUACCUAAUCUUGUAGAAAAAAUGUCGGUCUUGGGUCCACAAUGAUCUAAAUCAAAUUCAUUUGCAUGGCUAGGUUUUAUAGUAUUAAAUUGCGGUAAUAAAAUGCAUAGUUUGGAACAACUAAUAGAAUUCGUUUGUUAAAAAUUACGGAAUUCUAUUAAUUAAAUUACCUCAGACGGGAGGGGCAAAUUUAGCACAGCUUUGCAUAGCUCCUGUCGAGACCGGGCCUAAGUUAUUUAAGCUCGAUUUAGUGGAUGUUCGGAUUUAUUUUCAUUCAAAUGUUGGUUUAUGGUUCAGCUCACGUAUAUAAACUUAAAGUUUAAGCGCUAUAUGAUUGCUGUAAAUAUAACUCUGCGUGUGCUACAUAGUUUUAUGUAGUAUUUCAAAUAUACUUACAUUGAGUACGUAUAUUGUGAUUAUAAAUGCCGUCCAAUUUUUGUAAAUAAACGCUUCAAAAUCGAAAUACUAAUUUAUGAAAAACUAUUUAUAUUACUUUAUAAUAAAAUAGCUAUUCACGUAGUACAACUUC